GGGUCCGUGGUGCUCCUUGCGCGGCUGCCAGGAGGCGGCGCUGUUCGCCCGAGCCUUAGCGGGCGCAGCUCCGCCCCUCACGCCGAGCUCCAGGGGAAGCGGCAGUGUGAGGGUGACUGUGAGUGGCGCCAGGGCCCCACCGUGGAGCCGCUCACGCCUCCCGCUGCUGCAGGUUGGAUGGUACAAUGCUGUUCUCCAGCCAGCCUUUCAUCUCCCCUACCCAGAUGACACACUGGCCUUUGUGGUUCUCAGCACACCUUCGAUGUUUGAUAAAGCCUUGAAACCUUUUAUCAACAAAGAACGGUUGAAAAUUAUCAGGGAUCCUGUGGAUCAGUGUGUUUCUCAUCAUUUAUCACGCAUGAAGGAGAAAUUCCCUGACCAGAAGGUGGAUGUCAUUUUUGACUAUGAGAUUCUGCCCAGCCGAAAGCCCAAGUUCUUGGCACAGACAGCUGCUCAUGUUGCUGGAGCUGCAUAUUACUACCAAAGGAAGGAUGUGAAGCUUGAUCCUUGGGGAAAAAAGAAGAUCUAUGGUGUAUGUAUCCAUCCCAAGUAUGGCGGUUGGUUUGCCAUCCGGGGUCUCCUCCUCUUCCCAGAUAUUCAGGUACUGUUGCUGAAACAGUCUGCCCCUAUUGACUGUGUGAGCACAGAGGAGAAAAGAAUUGAGCUGCUGGAGCAGUUCAAUUUCCACUGGAAGGAUGGCCGCUACCGAGACAUAAUUGAAGUGAAGGAAAGGUAUUCAGAGGAGCAAAGAGCCUACUUUGCCACUCCUCCAGCAGAGAGAUUCAAACUGCUAGGACUGACGUGUGAAGCCCAGAGAAGCACAUUUCAUUGAGUAACGUGGCUCCAUGAAGGGGACCAGAGGGCAAGCAAAGUGUAAAUCAUCACCUUUGCCUCUGUGCUGAGGAAAACAGUAUGCUGAUACAGAGGUGGUAAAUCCAAGCAGUCUCAUUCCAAACAUCAGCAUCUCAGCGGAAUCACUGCAUCAGAGUACUUGCAGUGUGGAGUAAGGUGGCAGAGGUCUGUUCUGUUUCAUGUGGCUUUUUGGGAGUACGGUAAGGUGCCCAUAAGUCUUUGGUUAGGAAAUGUUCAGACACCCUGGCAACUGGAAAACCUGUGCUGCUCGUUAGAGAAAUCGGUUUUGUUCUCCAGAAUAUUUGGUUUAUUUUGUCUAAGAGAAAAAACAAAAGUUACUUUUGUCACUGCACUCCAAUAUCUUCUUUUCCCAUCUGAAUUCAUGGCAGACACUUUUUUUAGAUGUACCCAGUAUUUUAUUAUCAUGUGUCGUAAGUUCUUAAUGAACAAGUGCUCAAGCUUUUCAGUCUUGCCUUCCUCAGAAGGAAGAUUGGCCUUGUAUCCCUUCACUUGCAGUGAAGCUGGUUUAAUUUAUUUAAGUAGUCUUCUAAUGCUUCCAUUCCUUAACAUCCAAAAGAAAGUUCCAAAGAUUGUUUCACUGAGCAGUAUGAUCCCAUACUUGGAGUAGGAACAAGGAAAAGAGCCAACAGCAGACACCUCCUUCAGGGUAGUUAUGAAAGGGACAGUGCAAAUGUCAUAGCUGAGUCUGCUGUUUCCUUUUCGCCCAGGGUCAGCUUCUCAGAACAAGGUGACAUCUUUAGGUCAGUUUUAAGCAUUUAUCCAUUGUGCAGAGCAGCCAGCUAAAAUAUUUGGAAAAAUAUCUAUGUGGAGGUUUUACUGAAUAUGAAAGACAGGGAGAUGAGGUUUUUAUUUAAAAUAUUUUACAGUGCCAUGCCAGCACACGCCAACCCCACCCCCAGUUUUAAUUACACAGUUUCCUGUUAUACUUACUGUAAGGGGAGGGAUUGUAAACCUGCAUGCACACAAAAAAACACUACAUGAAGCAUUGUCACAUGCCAGGCAACAAGCAGAGGACAAAAAAGAGAGAAAAUGUUCAUGACGUUCUUGUUACUUACACUGCUGCACAAAACAUCUUCAGACAUACAUGUAACUUUUAGAUGACUUAGUAGAUAUGUUCAGAGGUUACAAUGGUACUGUGAAUCAGAAAUUAAUUUAUUUUAAAGCACUUUGAUGCUCAAGCCUCAUUAAAAUAAGAUAUAAUCAAUUAAAACAGUAUUUUGUGGGAGUUUAGUUACUUGACUGUGGUGCAAUGCUGCAAAUCAUUAAGCACUUUUUCCCUUUCCUUGAUGGCAACACGGUGAUGCAAAAAUACUUUGCAGAACUUAGCCCUUUAUAUUUAAAGACUCAAACACUAAAGUUGCCCUCACAAUAAGUCACUGCUUGAUACAGUUUUUCAUAUUCCAUAUAUAAAAUAUAAUAAAAAUUCAACAUAAUGAGUUUGUUUUCCUGUACAGGGAGCAAUGAGCAUGUGAUCACUGGGUUUGUGCAGUGUAUUUGCUGUUACAAAAAAGUCUUUGUUGCUUUCCAUGCUGUCUUCACCACAGCUGACUAAGGCACUGUGGUUUUCAAUUUAAGCAAAAUGAUGACAUUUUAAAAAAAUCUGUUUGUUGUAGAAUUAUUUCUGAUUGAAAUGCAACUCGAUCUUCCAGAGCUUCCCAACUGAACUGUAAUUUAACAGGGACUUAAACUGAUGCUUCAUAUUAGUAACAUAUACAAAAGACUGAUUCUCUUAGAAGGAUAAAUACAGAAUGGAAUGAGAUUUCUAUUUUUACAUUAGUUUUACAUACAUAAAUAACAAUUUAAAUUAAAAUAUUUUGCUAUUCUGGGGUUGAUUUCUUUUAAAUAUUUAAUGUUUUGUUUCAGAUGAUUUGUUAAACAGAUUAGCAUAGUCCUUUCAUUUCAACUUUUGUAAUUUAUUUCUAUUCACAUGGUAUUUUGGUUAAUAAAACUUAAAAAGUUGUAAGUAA